UCAGAUUUCAGAGUUCAGACCGCCGACAGAAUAAUCACUCAGAUCCGAGCGACAUCGCCGCGGCCGCUGCCUGCUCCCCAACUCGCAACCCUUCCUUCCCAUCUGAUGGCCUUGGCCGCGGACAAGCGCCUCGCCGCCGCGGCUCCGUACCUACCGGCGGAGCUCAUACCGGAUAUCGCGCGGCACUUGACGACGCUCCAAGACUUCUUCGCCCUCCGCGCCGCCUGCCGCUCCUACCGCACCGCGCUGCCACCCUCCCGCGCCGUCCUCGCGUCCCAGCCGCCGCACCUUCUCGUGCCCCACCACGCCUCCUCCCCGUGCUCGCUGGCCCUCAUCCACCCCUUGUGUCGCCGCCUCCUCCGCUUCCGUGCGCCCUCGCCCCCUUUCCCCAGCGCUGUCGUUGCAUCCGACGGCGCCCGCGUCGUCACCUUUGACCACUUUGCCCGCGAGCUCUCCAUCAUCCACCUCCUUUCCGGCGAUCGGGUUCGCGUCCCCGACGCUCCCUUCCUAUUCUCCCGCGCAGUCCUUGCCGGCGACCUCGUCCUCCUCAUCGCACCCGGGUGGGUUCAGUAUUGCCGCCUGGGGGACGGUCGAUGGCGGGAGGCGUAUUGCCGGCUCGGGGGCUGCGGCGGCAGCCUCUUCGGUGGCCUGUACAUGAUGGUCGGCAUGCUCGCUGUCAAUGGCGUCCUAUAUGCGCUCCUCAACACCUGCCAACUCGCAGUGGCAGAGCUGAUGGACAAUAAGGUCGAAUUAAAGCUGCUUGGAGGGGAAGUGGGUGACCAUGUCAGAGAUGCUUGGAUGGAAAGCAAGGAUUUCAUGCUUGGGGCGUGUGCUGGUGUGCCCAUACUCAUCUUCAAGGUAUCAGUCAAGCCUGAGUACAAGGUUUUCCGCUGGGAACCUGCAGAGCAAAGGUGGGUGAGAGCUAUGACCCUGGGAAGGCGGACUCUUUUCAUGUCUGGCAAUGGCUUUGAUGCUUGGGUUGGUCCAGAUUCACCUGGAAUUCGAGGGGAUUGCAUAUAUGAGGCUCUGCCACGGGCAGCAGGUUGGAGUGAGUACUCAUUAGUUGAUGACACUUAUGAACUCGUCACUAUUGACUACCAAGGUGCACCAGAUCUAGAUGCCUUAAGGAAGCAGGUUUGGGUGCUUCCGAGCUUGUGCUAAUAUUGGAAUAUGAAGAUUAAAUUCUGAUGUUGAAUCCAUCGACAUCACCUAAAGAUUAUAUGGCAGAUGAAUGAGCUACAUUUAGUGGUGUGGGAUCUUUCUGUUUAUUCUUGAUAAUUGCAGGAUGCUUGCUACUUGCCAAUUCAGGGAUGAGCUACUGCAAGAUUCUGGCUUGAUUUACAGAUUUUGUUGCUUUGAAUUGGUCUUUUCCACAUCUCUUUUCUUUUGGAGAAAAAAAUGAAAGCUUUAGGCGCUCCAGUUUCUGUUGCAAACCAAAUGGUUCAUUGACACAUGUUAUUGAAGCUUUGGCUCAGCUUACAAAUCUGAGUAUGCUCGAGGCCUUCACUUUGUUAAGAUUACAAGGAUAGUUGGGUCCUAUAUAUGAAAUAAAAUUCUUUGCUAAACAGUCCUACAAAAUAUUGUUGGGAUCUUUACAUGGCUGAUCCAGACUUUGCUUGGUCAUUUAAUCCUGUUGCCAUGGCAAGGGCAAGUUCUUGUUUUUGACUUCUUUUGAAAGAUAGAUUGAACAUGCUCAAGUUGCUUAUCACUAAAAACGUCUACCUGGACAAAUUUGUAACACCUGCAGUCCUGCACUCUAUCUCAAGAAGGUUCCUGUGUUCAUCUCUCCUUCCCAUGCUCUUUCAGCAGGAAUUGUUGGUGCUUCAGGACCUGUGACCUAUAUCUAUACUCUCUCUUUGACAUGUUGGCUGAGGGCCAGGGCCUUGGACUGUGCACAUCAUCAGGAAGGUUUGAUCACAUAUUGGUCAAUCUGUUUAAAGCAAGAAAUUGUUUCCACCAAUGUAUACUGGCCUUCCAACAUUGGAAGAAGGGUUUGAAGGAAACUCAAUAUUAUAGAUUGGUCAAUCUGUUCAGAGCAUGUUAUCAUUUCCACCAAUGCAUCCUGGCCUUCUAACAUUGGAAGAAGGGUUUAAAGGAAAACUUCAAUAUUGGCUAGAGUCAUGCUCUCUGUAAACAGUGUAAUAUCCCUCUUUGGACCUAAGUCCACCCAUUUACAUGUACUUUUUUUCCUUAUUAACGCAAAAACAUAAUAUGCGACUCGUGCAAAACACUGUUUUAUAUUGUAGACUGCACUAUUCGUAGAGUGAAGUUUGAAAUAGAGAUGAUAUAAGAGAUAGGAUGGGUAAA